CAUCUUGCUCCUCCCACUAGCAAGAGAGGCAAACUUGGAAAUCGCUGCCAGCAUCUCUUGUGCCUCGGUCGCGGUUUAACUUUUUUCCUUACCAGAAAAAAAAAACUAAAACUAAAACGACCCAAGGAUCGCGUCCUUCUUUCGGCGCGUCAACCAACCACCUCCAGCGCGCCUCGACUGCCUUCAAGUUCAUCAAACCAAGUUGGACGUGACUGACUGAGAGCAAAUUACCAAGAGUACCUUCACUACCACGAGCAUCAACAGUCAUUCACCAUGACACGCCACAGUCGUGCAGAGGCGGAUAGAAUCCAUCACCAAGGAUUUGUUUAUUUCCCAUUCAUGCCGCCUUCAGAGCAGUAUCCUGCGCUUACCGUCACGAGAAAGUUCAGUAAGAGGAUCGACCCAGAGGAUGUGGAUCUAACCCAGCGAGAGAUGGCUGGCUUCGUUUCAGUCUACCCUCGCCUCUAUCAGGUCCCGAAAACCAUGCAGGGGCGGAUAAGAAAAUGGUACAUGGCCAACCGCAAGCUGGCGGAUUCUUGGCCUUUGGAUGGCUUUUGGAACGCGGCCGAGGACGAUGCUCAUGACCAUAUCGUCGUCAGGGAGCCGGGAGUACCGCCUGAAGCGAAGCAAAUGGCCGGGAUUGAGGAUUCGGGGAACGGAAAGCCUGCUAAGGAAAAGAAACCGAGGCCUCCAAAGGCAAAGAGAGAACAGCCGUCACAACCUCCGACCAGCAACACCAGCCAGGCCACACCUUUCCCGGCAAGUGUAGUGGCAAGGUGUCCAGAGCUGGAGCAGUGGUCCCAGCAAGCGUAUUUCGCUGCGGAGAUUAAGGCCGCGGAACGGUCCUUUGGUUACAUCCGCGGCUGGGUGGAGGAUGCACAGAGUGGCGGCCGCUCGCCUUCAAUCGUACAGCUGAAUGAGUUAAUGAACUUUGCAUCGAAUGCUUUGACGCGUGCAUCGGAAGCCGUCAAAAUAUCCUCAGCGGUGGUAGAGGACCUCAAAUCAACUCCCGCACCUCUUGUUCAUCCUGCCUUUGUGGCAUGGCAGCAGCAACAGCAACAGACUGUGAGCCAGGAAAUCGAUCCUCAGCCCCAUGUUGAGCAUAAAAAGCGGCCUUUUGAGGUAGAUGACGCAGAAAUGAACGAAGAGAAAGAACCGACAACUCAGACAGAACCCUCGGGAGCCGGCAAGGUCAGAAAGCUCUCAACCUAUAGAUCUGCACCGGAAUCAAGAUCAGGAGACUCAACACCGCUUCCGCAUCGGGAAUAUGACCAAACGGGCUCCAACCUUCCCGGUUCCCAGGCUAUAUCUACAUCAGCACCAAUACAUCCGGCGUUUCUUCAACAAUAUGCGUCUCAACAGCCCCAGCCAGUUCCCACGAAUCACACCCACAGCAGCUUCAUGGUGGCGCCGACGCACGGCUCAUCUUUGCUAUAUGUGCCGAUUGACAAUGACAACCAGCAGCUAGAAUCGGCAAGUGAAAGUGGUGGAGGCAGCGGUGGUCAUGGCGACAGUAAUGAUGAUGAAGAGGAGGAGGAGGAUGAGGAGGAGGAUGAGGAAGAGGAGGAAGAGGACGGAGGUGACGAUGCAUCGGACUAGAGAUCCGAUACCCUGACUCUACCGUCCACCCCACCUGUCUUCCAAAAGGUGAACAACUCAAUCAUCAUCAAUGGUAACAAAGGAGGAUCGACAGAGGCAACAAGAGAAGAGAAAUCGGGCGCCGGAAAGGCGUUG